AUGGCGGCCUGCGGGUUAGCAGCGCGGGCCCGAGCCGCGCUAAGGAGGCCACCGCAUUGGGCCGAAGGCCCCCGGCAGCCGCUGAGCUCGGCGCUGCGCUCGGAUUCUGCAGCGGCCCGCGGCGGCUCCGCUCCAGGCUCGCGGGGAACGCCCGAAGGAGAGCCGAGGCGCCGGGCGAGCCGAGAGUUAACCGCGGCCGAGCUGCUCAUCGCUGGGCUGCACCGGGCCGCCUGCGCGGCUGGCCAGCUAAGCUAUGUGGACCCAGCUACGGGCUAUGUGGUGUUCACGAGGCUGGCCCACUUGCAGAGAGGUUCCUGCUGUGGUUUUGCCUGUAGACACUGUCCCUAUGGCCAAGUCAAUGUGAAAGAUCCAUCUAAAAAGAAGAAGUUCAACUCCCAUUUUUAUGUUUGACAACGGCUUUACCUCUGUUCUGUCAAACCGAACUCAGGUGUUUGAAAAUAAAACCCUAAU